AUGCGGCGCUCACAAUACACGCCCAUGUCUUCCAGGCGUUUGGUACCCCGACUUCAUUUGAUUUUUGCAAUGAUCAUUUCUGCUGGUGGAUUACUGAUGGCUUGCGGGCCGGGAAGAACAGCCAUCGACACUAGAAGACGCAGCGACCCGUUGCAACAGAAGGAACGUGUCCCUGAUGUAGAAGAAACAUCGAAUGAAGCUAGUGGGCCUUACACUGGUGUAGUCAUAAGAGGAAGCGAUGAGUUCAAAGCGCUUUCGGAAAACUACGACCCAGAUAUUGUGUUUAAGGAUGAGAAAAAGAACGGAGAUGAAAGACGAAUGACCAAGGUAUAUAUAUAUAAAAAUAAAUGCUAUAAUUAUAAUUGAGUAUUUUAGACUGAGUCCAUUCUGUGAACUUAAAAGGGAAGAGUUGCCAAGAUUUAGUACUGAUUGAGAAUCCAACGGACGCGUUUGUAUAAACCAUGACACUCCCACAGAGUUGGGUAAUGUCAAGAUGUGAAUUUCAUUUUGUGAAAAGCUGAGAAAAAAAUAGCAUCAUGUGAAAGUACCGUUUAAGCCGGAAUUCAUUUGAAAGGUAAAACAUAUGAUUUCAUUCAGAAAGUCAAAAGUUAGAACAACCCUGGAAGUAAGCAGACUCCAUCAUUCGCCCUGGAAGUGAGAUUCCCGGGGUGAAAGUGUUCGUGGAAAUCCCUGGUUAACAGAGAGGCUUGGUCCUGCUAAAAUCGAAGUUACCUUGAAGCCAGAGAGGAUAAUAUUUCUCUUGCAUGAUACUAGUAGACUACAUGAAAGCUACUUGAAUUGUCUGAAGACGGGUCGAGUUAUUACAAAACGGGCCAAACGUUUUCAGUUUGCCAAUGUCAUCAGGGAAAAAAUCUGUUAACAAUCAUGAAGUAAUUUUACUUACACCUUGGAAAGUGAAUUUUUGGUUUUUUUCCUGUAGUUCAAAGGUCAUUUUGAGGAUAAGCAAGUGUACUUGCACUAUUCUUGCAAGGUUAACACAAAUCUUCAGAGAGCCAUUUUGUGAUCAUACCAUCCCUGACGUACUGGCGGGAAACCAAAUUGGGGAAUAUUCUAUCAAUAACGAGCGGCAAAGCCACAAUUGAUUUCCCAUGUGGGAAAUUUAGCCUCUUACAGUACCUGGAAAACUGGGAUACCCAACGACGACCUUUCUCCCACAAACCUACUUUAGGCUAUUCAUUUUAAAAUCGGCACGGUAAAUUGAAGCUAGAUUUGUCAAAAAACUUUAGUUGCUAAACCUCCUGCAGAAAGAUCAGACCAUUCAUGAGAAUUAAGAAAUUAACACGUCAUUUCAUCAUUCGAUUUCGCGAAUUCUCUUCUGCGCAUUAAGAGAAGAUUGUGACACUUCCUCAACGGUAAAAGGUUCUAUACAUCAUUCACAUUGAUAAUUUUUUUCGAGAUUUAUAAAAAGUCCUAAAAAAUACAAGUUCUUGAACAGUUCUAGUUUGUCUUCAUAAUUGUCGAUACGUUGCAAAAUGACAGAAACAAGGGCAAUAAAUACCUUUUAAGACAAAGCUUGUGAUUACUUCUUUACAAAACGUUCUUUUAGAUUUUAGACACGUAUUUCUGGUUACGUUAUUGUCUGAUCGAAUUACCUUGAAGUCGAUUCCCACCGAGUUCAUUUAAAACACUUCUUGGUGUUUCACAACGAUGAAAACACUCCUUCUAGUGUUUGAUAUAGUUCCUCUUGCACAGCUUGAUUUCGUGAUUGCGAUGGCGUUUUUUUUUUCGCUUUUAUCGCCUUUAUUUCAAUUUGUCCAGUUUUCAAAUGUACGCAAAUUUUCAUGGAGUUGGAUUUUAACGGACCGUGUGUAAGUUCAGAAAGACAAUUACCACCGCUGCUAUUCUGUGUUCACGCAUUUCAUCAGAAACGUCUCACUGGGGAACUUUGUUACGAAGUAAGUUAAAACUGAGGAGUAGACAGCAAGAAAACGUACCAAAAAGUGCAAAAUGUACCUAAAAAGUCAAAAAUUUCCCGUCGUAGUAUCUUAAGGGCCCCUUUUUAAGGGCCUGAACUAAGAGGCAACGUUUUUGUGAAAAUUUUGCAGGGACUUCAUAGUUAUUCGUCUCAGUUUUAUUACAAGUUUUAGACAGCAGUUUAAUGCUGCAGAACGCAACUGAUUUAGAUUUAACUGCCUUUGUAGGUGUAGGUUUAGGUGCAGGUUCAUGGGAAGCCUUUUGCAAAAAUUCCAUUAUAUCGAGGCAAAUCGUUGAAACAACGGCCAAGGAUUUUGCAGGGACAAAUCCGCGCUAUGAAACCGUUAUACUGGAAUUCGCAUUUUACGAAUACAGUGGCCGGUUUGUUUACCAUUUACUUAAGCAAAACGGUUUCAGGCGCGGAUCCACACCGGUUUCCACCGUUUUACGGAAAUCGGUCAGAUUUUUCACGAUAAACAUUUUUAAUAAUAAAAUAACAAUAAUAGAACUUUCUGGAAAAUAGUCUGGACAAAUGUUUUCUUUUUCCAAUUUCCGGGCAUUCGACAGAAACCCGAUAAAUGAAGGGAACUUUAGGGACUUUAAAAAUCAAAAAAAAUUCCCGGGGCUCCCCUAGACGCUUGCUCCCUCGGCCCCCCGUUUAGGAAAUCGGUCAGUAUUAAUCAUAGAUCCGCGCCUGGGUUUGGGCAGAUGUUAAGCAACAUUCAGGAUUGGUAAAUUUUCGUCUCGGAAUGGUGUUUACCGUCCAAAUCAGUUCCAUUUGCCGCAAAAAGGCCGCGAAGGCCUGAAAGUGGUAAUCAAAAAUGCAAAGAUGGCCUUGAAGAAAUGGAACUCGAAUUUCCGUUAGGAACAUUCCAACCAGAAAAACAGAACUAGCUUUUCAGAUAUAACGUUGCUCCUGGAAAUCGUCCGCUGAAACGGUAAAAAAAGUCGUGUUCCGUUCAACUUCCAAACGAUUUUCUGGACACGUUUUGUAAAUGGUGAACAACUAGUAUCUCCACACUAACAUAUUGAAUUUUGUUUCACUUACUUUCGCCUCGUAUGGCAUUUGCAGAAUUGUAAGGAGAAGCUUGAUGCUCUUGCCAAGGCAGUAAAAGCCAAAUGGGGCUCUAAGGGAAGCGGAAAAGUUGUCAAACUGAAAGUCAUCAGCGCCUAUGAUACAGCUGAGAAAAGAAGGCAUCACACUGCACAUUCUUUGCACCACGAAGGACGUGCCGUGGACCUAGCGACGGAUGACAGAGACAAAAGGAAGUUAGGCGAACUGGGGCAAAUGGCUUACAAAGCUGGUUUUGAUUGGGUGAAUUAUGCAAGCAAAAGCUACAUCCACGCUUCUGUUAAAAUUGGUAAUUCACCUUAUUUAGACUUGAUGAGCUCUUGGUGGUAAAAGUCGAAAAGCAAAACUCAAGAAACAAAAUUGACCAAUCAAAACAUGGGAAAACCAUGUUUUGAUUGGUAAAUUAAGGUUCUUGAAGUAAAUGCAUUCGCAACUUUAGAAUAGAGAAGAAAAAACUGGAACCGAAAUGGGGACCGCAAUGGUUUCUGGGAUCAUUACUGGACGAGGGAACUUAAGCAAAGGCGGUUCUGAGCCGGCGACGCACGCCAACAAGAGGUGGACUUAUCACAUUCUUAAGCGGUGGUUUCGCCCAAAUUUUCAGUCCAACCGUCUCUAUGAGAGUAAAGAAGCUAGCGAUACAAAUUUUAUAUCGUCAAGGCAUGUUAAGAGGGAAAAGGCUUCAUCGCUCAAAAAUAUCUUCUGUCCCAGAAGUCGGCCCAGUUUCCUCGUGCGUGCAGUGGGUGCCAGGCGAGGCUAUUUAGCCAAUGACAUAAGUGAAUUCUCUCCAACACGAGCGCCGACGGGACCGGGACUCAGUGUCCGUCCGCUCAGAGAGGAGUCUGCCUAUUUAUAUUUGUAAUUAACAAUUAUUCUACGAGUGCGUGUUGGCUAUCGAGUGGAAUAAUUCUUUUAUCAAAAACGCUCACAAAAUAUCGAGAAUUCUUCCCGACUUUAUUUGUAAAAACAACCGAUUUUCUGCUUGUUUUUAACUUUGAGCAGACGCCCACAGUUACCAAACUAUUAAGUGAUUUUCUAAAUUCUAGGGGACCUUUCUAGGGUAAAAUAUCCGUUAAAAAUGGGCAAUUAUACCAUUUUUAUAGGUGUUCGAAAAUCCUAGGAGAGGCGGGCAAGCAAGAAAUUUCACAAAAUGUUUCGAAAAUUCUAGAUCUCAAAUCGUCCUCCGAACAGGUAUUUUCCAAAAAUUGACGUUGGGUGCCCUUGGCUAAUCUUGCCUGUUGUGCGGUACUGUUUUUAUACUGUUCAUAGUGAUUGUUUUUUCUGGUAUUUUAUAUCAUGCACUGAAAUAUCUGUGUUAGUUUACUGGAAAAGAGAAACGUUCCAGUUUCUUUCAGGCAAAAAGAUAUAUAUAUAUCCUUUUAUUCCCUUCAAUUUUGCAGAUGGUGCGGGGGAAGAGGGGAGUUGCUUUCCAGAAACUUCUUUGGUUCGGCUGGAAGGAGGAAGGACUAAAUCAAUGAAAGAUCUGCAAGUCGGAGACAAAGUCGCGAGCAUGGAUUCCAGCGGUAAAUUAGUCUACAGCAAGGUUGUUACUUUUCUCGAUAUCAACCCUAACAAGCCUACAAAGUACGUUUCAAUUCAGACUGAAAAUCCCGCUGCUCAAGUCACAAUUACGGGCUCUCAUUUGAUCUAUCAACUAAACAGAACAACGCGCCAGAAGUCAACGGUACACGCACGAGACUUAAAAGUGGAUGACUUUGUUUAUGUGCAAAACGGUUCCGCUUUGGGGAAGUUCACAGUUGGACGUAUAGUAAGUGUAAUGAGAACCCAAAACUUGGGCGCGUACGCUCCGCUCACGGAAACAGGCACAAUUGUAGUGGAUAAUGUGCUGUGUUCGUGCUAUGCUGUGAUUUCAGAUGCUAAACUAGCUCACUGGAGCUUUGCGCCCCUGCGAUUCGCCGAGUGGUUGUUCCCAGGCUGUUCUGCCCACGAUGAACCAGGAAUACAUUGGUAUGCUCGGUUCCUCUACAAGGUCUACACGAGCUGGAAUUACGUCCAGGAAAAAUUCUCGUGAAAAUCCCACGUCUUGAACCUUUUUGGUGGACGCUUUGCGAUUCAAUACUGAAGCUUCCAUGGAGUUUGUUUGUGUAAAACAAGUAGUUUAUGUCUAUCAAUGCUGAAUCGCUUGACUUCACAGCAAUGCGGUUUUCAGUAUCUAACCAUUUUUAUAGAUAAUACAACCCCUGUGUUGUUCAUCUGCGGGCAGAAAAGCAAACGUUUCAGAUAAAAACUCACAGAGAAUUAAUUACAAGAUAUGUCGGUGGGACCAAACUUGCUGGUUAUGUGAACUCACAGAAUAUUGAAUUUCCUAGUUGGAAGAGAACGUUUGACUAUAGAACAAGGUAUUAAUUAAAUGACAUUAUUAAACAUGACUGAUAAACACAAUGUUAAUUAGGCUAAUUAUUGUCAUUUCAGCGGCCCCCUGAGAGGCCCACUUAUCGGAUCCUUAUCACUUUGUUGAGCAGCCUUCGGGCCGUUUCCCAGCAGGGGACACCUGGUGACGUAUAAACAAAGCUUAAUUAGUCAAGAUACCGGCAAGGCAAAUUACUGUAAUAGUUGCCAACAAUAGCUAACAAUGGGAGUGAAAUUGUUUAGAAGUUUGGAAUAACUGAGCCCAGAGACCGGUCAUCUGAAAACUGCCAUAGGCAGUGGUAGGCCACUUCGAUAGAAAAUUAUGAACAUAAUAUUAUUGUUUUGGAUAUUCAGUGAUGUAAAAAAGAAAUUUAUAGAAAUCUAUAAGUCGCAAAAGAGCUAUACUAAAUCAUGGCAUCAAGGAUUUCAUCUAGAGACUUAUUAAAGUUAGAACUACAAUGUACAGAAAAAAUAAAUAUUACCGCAACAAUAUACUGCCGUUAUUUUCUACUGACUUGAAUGGUACAAAUCAAGCGUUUCAUCUUUGGGACUUGAAAGUUAGACCUGCCUUGCAGAGGAUAAAUAACUUUAUACGUAAUAAAUAAAGAACACCACUGGAAAGUACAGCUCGGCCCGGAGCAACUAAGUAGCUUUAAUUUGUAAGCUCGCGCUUUAGGAUUUCAUCCACAGCUUAAAAAUUUAGAACCACCUCAUACAGCAUAAUAAACAGUACUGCAGGCAAUUACUGCUCGGUAGCGUUCAUUUGAAUGGUAUAAUAAACAAGACCACAGGAAAGUACCGCUCAGUAGCUUUCAUAGUUUGAAUGGUCACACUUGUAAGGAUUUCAUCCACAGCCUCAAAAGUUAGACUGACACCCCAAAACAGCAUAGAGAACAGUACCACAGAAAAGCACUGCUAAAUAGCUUUCAUUUGAAUGCUCACACUUACGGAUUUCAUCCACAGACUCAAGAGUUAGAAUCACCUUGUACAGUACAUUAAACAAUACUACAGGAAAGCACUGCUCAAUAGCUUAAAUAUGAAUGGUCACACUCACGGAUUUCAGUCAUCCGCAGCCUCAAAAGUUAGACACUUGUUAGAACCACCUUGUACAGCAUAAUAAACAUGUACAAUACCACAGGAAAGUACUGUUCAGUAGCUUUCAUUUGAAUGGUCACACUUUAGGAUUUCGUCCACAGACUCAAAAGUUAGAAUCACCUUGUACAGCAUAAUAAACAAUACCACAGGAAGGUACAGCUCAGUAGCUUUUUCAAAAGUUAAGUAGGCAAAACAAACAUUACCAUAGGCAAGUUCUGCUCAGUAGCUUUCAUUUUCAUCCACAACUCAAAAUUCAAUUGACAAUGUGUAAUAAACAGCAGGGGCACACAACGUCAAUUUUCGGAAAAUAUCUGUUCGGAAGACGAUUUCAGAUCUAGAAUUUUCGGAACAUUUGUUGUAAAAUUUCCUACCUGCCUGCCUCUCCUAGGAUUUUCGAACUUCUAAAAAAUGGUAUAACUGCCAAUUUUUAACCGAUUUUUACUCGGGAGCCACUUUUCUGGCUCAAAUUUUCGAAAAGGCCAGUUUUGAUCCCUAUAAUUUUCGGAUCACGAGACUUUCAGCUAGGAAAUCCGAACAGAUGACACAUUUUUAAGAGAUUAAAAUAUGCCUAUAUCUACCGUUUAAAUACUAAAAUAUGUUUAAUAACUGCUGUGUUUAAGUGGUUUUGAACUAUAUUCUAGUUGGGUGCCCCUGAUGAAUUACUGGCUCCGUUUUGAAACUUCUUUAACAAAAGGAUAACGGUUAAGUCUUCAAGAUGAGUUCCCCACGUAAAUGUUCAAACUUGAACUGAAAUUUUACCCGCACACAAAGGACAGGCUGAAAGCCCGGGGGGUACUCCCCUAUAAAAAUGACGGGGGUGCUCGUCCUUCCUUUUAGGCGUUUAAAUUUGUGGAUUGGUAUCGAUGAGUGUUCUAAAACCUAAAAUGACUGCCACCAGAGUUGAUACGCUUUAUGAGGAUAAAGAUUUAUGACAAAACUUUCAUGAAAAGUCCUUGAGAAGAAAGUGUCCGAAAGUUAUCUUUAUUACUAUUAACAUUUGCAGUGCCAGUUAUAUAAUUUGUUGUUGUUGAGUUGGUACGGCACUUAGGGGUGGAAGUGAAUUUGGGACACGUCCAUAAAACAAAAUCCUGGUGCCUUUUAGGGGUGUUGUCGAAAUUUUUCGACAAGCAACCCCGUCACUUUUAUACUGGAGUACCCCCCGCCCCCCGGGCUGAAAGUUCAUGCUCAGGUUAAUUUUGUCUGAUCGAUGAUUUAUAACAUUAAUAUAACAGCGGGAUAGCUUUUUUGUAAAAGUAUUUUGUCUAUGGCAAAAACUAUAUUUUGACUUGUCAAUCAAAAAUAGACAAAAGUGGCAGAGAAAGCGCUGAGAUGAGAGCAGAAAUUAGUUUUGUUAUCUUAGGCAGUUUAAAAAGAGACCCAUCUUUGUUAUUUCCUUUUGAUAGAUAACGCCAAGAGCAAGCUCACUUUUCAAAAGAAUCAUUUAGGAUGGUAUUUAGUAAAUACCCUUAAGUAUAAAAUUAUAUACUUUAAAAACCGCACAUGAAUUUUAAACUUAAUUCAAUUAACCCUAUCAAUAACAAAUAUUAGCAGAAUGAUUUAUUAUUCCUUCGAUCCAAUUCGGCAGAUCAACCGGCUUUUAUAUCUGAUUUAUCGUGAACAUUGACGAUCAGCCCAUACAAAAAAUAAAUAUCAAUAAGUCAAUAAGAAUCUAAUAGUACACUUUUAAAUUCUUAACUUGUUCCUUACUUGAAACAGGGGCACCCAACGACAAUUUUUUGAAAAUUAUCUGUUCGGAAGACGAUUUGAGGUCUAGAAUUUUCGGAUCAUUUUCUGAAAAAUUUCUUGCUUGCCUGCCUCUCCUAGGAUUUUCGAACCUCAAAAAAAUCGUAUAAUUGUCCAUUUUUAACGGAUUUUUACCUUAAAAAGGUCACCUAGAAUUUUCGGGAGCCUUUUUUCUGGCUGAAAUUUUCGAAAAGGUAAAUUUUGAUCCCUAUAAUUUUCGGAUCACUAUACUUUCAGCUAGGAAAUCCGAACAGAUGAAAAAUUUUUAGGGGAUAAAAAUAAGCCUUUAUCUACCGUUUAAAUACUAAAGUACGUUCAACAAUGCUAUUUUUAUGUGGUUUUGAACUAUAUUCUCGUUGGGUGCCCCUGUUGAAAAUAACCGGUAAAUUUUCUUAUCCAUACUUUACUAAUCUACAUGUGGAACAAGGAAUGAUAUUUAUGUCACCAUAAUUAACACCAUUAAAUUUAUGGUAUAAUGCAAAAAUCUUCCGUUUACUAAGUGAUUAAGAUUUUUACAAUUCUUUCACACUUAAAAACUAGAAAUCCUUAAAACUCGAAACUUGCUAGUUGCUUCCCAGCAGUAUCAGUGCAUCGUGUUAGCUGCAUUGAUCAAAGCAAAUUUUAACGCAACAAGGUAGGAAGGUAGAAGAUCUCCCUCUUUAUUUUUGAUUACUGAUACAAUCUAUUAAUGUGCGUGACUGAAAUCUGUGGCAGAUUUGGCUCAAGUGUCCAAAAAUUAGAUUUCUUAGUUUAUUUUCGGAUUUUAAAUCAAGUUAUACAGACCACGUACGCUUUGAUUAUCAUUAUAAUCUCAUCUUAACCGCAGCUGGAUUAGCUCCAUCGGUAGAGCGCUUGACUACAGAGCGGGAGGUCGUGGGUUCGAUUCCCGAGGCCGGACCAACACUCAGGGUCUUAAAAUGACUGAGAAAUGAAGGUAUUGCCUUAGACUGCAAAACAGUCCGUAUUUUUGCGUAUUCAAGUACGCGCGAACAGUCAAACAAAAGGUCUGGAACGAGGAUGAAACACUCCCUACGGGUGUGUGAGGCUCGCGCGCUUCACGCGCUUAAGACUCUUACGUCACGCUUUACCGAUUUCUUUACUGCUUUUGAGAAAACAAUCGACUGUUUUGCAGUCAAGUAUUGCCUUUACCCUGCAAAUGGCUAGACCUUCGAAUGGCUCAGAUGACCACGUAAAAUGGCGGUCCCGUCUCCAGUAGGAGACGUAAAAAAAUAGUGCCCCCAAUUAGUACUCUCGUGCUAAAUACAUUGACACUCAAAUGAACUGCACUUUUUUAUCACAUCGAUUUUAAAUAUUGCCUGCUUCUUUAUGUUUGCAAAAACCAUUGUGCAUCCACCGAUUUUUUUUCUGUAAAAUGUCUUUUCGAAAGAGAAAAUAUUGCCUAGAAUUUUCUAAACUCCGAGAAGGGCUAAAAAUUUCUGAAUAACCGAUUUAUUUUUCUUAGAUAUUCGGAAUUUCCUACUAACUUUCCUUAGAUUUUCGGAGCUAGUCUUUCACAUUAUAUUAGCUGAAAGAAAUUGCGACUAUUGUUUGAAAAAUGGUCUCCUGAAAAUUUCGGUAUGACGAGGAAAUGUUUCCGGUCAGAAUUAUAACGAAAGCACGGAUAUCUGAUGACCUUGAAUGUUCGAACAGAAUCAACAUGUUAACUAACAAUUUUGGAUGAGACGAAAAAAUGUUCCCGAGACAUCCGAACAGAUAAACAUAUAAACGAAAAGCAUUUGAGACACUUCUGAUGUGUGGAAACACUCCGGUCGUUGGUUUUACCUGAAAAACGAAAAUUGGACCAGCGCAGUUUUUCUAUGUCUUACUAUUUAUCUGGAAAUUAUAUAUAUAUAUAUAUUUAAAAAAAAUCUAGCGCCGGUCUGCCACGGACGCGGGUUCGAGCGCCGGCCGGCAAAGGCGUUUGCAAACCCCGAUUAUUUUCAAGGACAUAAAAUCUUUCAAUGUCGCUAUACGGUUAAGAGCUUAUGUCUGCGUUUGAGCCAAGAGGUUCAUCAGGCCGGAGCUUAACCCAGUUUCUAUAAAGCAUGAAGCGAUCAGGAAUGUUUAUAUCCUCCCUUGGACAGGGUGACAGACCAUUGCAGGGUUACCCCUGCCCCGGCCCCCCGCAUUACAUUCCCGGGUGCCCAAGUAUGCCCCCGGGGUGGAAAGAGCAGUGGUAAGAGAGAAUGAGCUAAGCAGUGGUGGAUCCUGGGGGAGGGUCCGGGGGGGGGAGGCAGAGGUCCUGCCCUCUAAAUUCACCCAUCAGACUAGAAUGACCGAGUGAACUGAAAUUGAAGAGUUACAAGAUAAGAAAUAAGAGCCCGAGUCCCGUCUUCGCCAUCUUGUUCCACCGACUCGGUCGCAGGCGGACGGCCGCUCCCUUCGCAACAGAGACAGACCAUCCCUUAUAAGUUGCAAAACUGAACGCUUUAAACGAACUUUUUUCCGGCGAUGUGCCUUUAUGCUCAUGGCAUUUAAUUUAGGAACUUAUGGGAAUUUAAUGUAUAACUUGAUAUAUACUUCUAGUUUCUAGUUUUUUGUCUAAUUUAUUGUAUUAUAUCUUCUCAUAAUUGUUUUGAACACGAUGUAAUUAGUUUAAAUUAAUUUUUUUUUUAAUUGAUACCUAUAUCGUUGUAAAAUAAUUUCGCAAUUCGCUUAUUUCUAAGCGCGACGAUUUUAUUAAUAAACCAGACUUACUAAUGGGUAAAAAUGAUGAAAAGUUCUAAGGCUGAGAAGAAACUUGGUCCCUAGAAAAAAUUCAUCGUGGAUCAGCCAAAGCAUGUUGAGGCACUGUCUUGCCCAAGAACAUAACACUGAUUCCAGCAAUAUCUGAACCCCCCUUUUGAUACAGAGUCCAGCACACUAAACAUUAGGCCACCGUGGCGCUUAAUGUCGUUCUGGCACUGAAGCUUUUUAACUAGUCAGUCUCUCACAAGACAAAUUAGCCGUUCUUAUUAUACUAGAAGGCGUGGAGGACGGCUUAAACGUCUACAAUGAAUUCAAGAAAUAAGACAAACGUAUUAAACGUCAACGAAAUAAAUACGUCUGAAGUUAAGUGCGUCUGAUCGGCGCAUUAUAAUUAGCCAAACGACUUAGUCGUCUCAAACGUUUGAGACAGAGCUUAGGCAGCCGCGACGACGACGGCAAAGAGAGGGUAAAAAAAUUGGUUUUUAAGCACGGACAAUAACAGCUCUGUACGUGCAUUAUACUAUUCAGCACUUUUUUGACGUCCACUGCACGACUUGUACGUAUACAGGGACGGUAGAGCUGGGGUAGGGGGGCUUUAGACCCUCCCCCCUCCCACUUUUCUAGAGGAAAAAUGUUUUGUUUAAGUAUAAUUAAGGUACAUGCGGUAAGCACUAGAAGAACCUGUUAUUUUACACCUUACCCAGGUUGAGUUUUUAGGAGAAAUAUCUCAUUGAGAACGUUAAAAAUAAGGCUAUUUCUGUGCCUCUAGAUUUCAAAAUUUUCUGAGGGAGGAUUACCCACCACCGCGGUCAUAUGUCUAAAUCGUUAUUUUUGUUUUUUAUUGCUGGGACUUCAUUAACCAGUUAGAGAAAAAUGGGCAAAGAUGUAUAAAUCAGUAAGUCAACAUAACUAUCUUUCCAUUUUUCUCAAAAUUUUGAGCUUUUUUCGCUAAAAACGCUUCGCGCUAAAAGAGAAUCAUGUUUGAAAAUGGCGCCGAUAAUAACGUCAGCAUCGGUUUUCAAUGACUUAGAACUUUUUUAGUAAACUUUAAAAAAGUUUAGUAAACUAACAGGAUGUUUGUAAUACCUUAAACUUUCCAUAGUGAAAGUAGCAACCUUAACUUUGAAGUAUUUCGCUUAACUUUUGCAAAUUUCAGUCGUUUGACCGCUGUGAAGGAUUACCCAGACCGCCCCACCCCGGCCCAACAAACGCGCCAGUUUUUAAGCGCAGUCCCCCAGUUGAAAUUGCCCUUCGUCGUCCCUGGUAUAACGUUAUAAUGCGACGUAAACGAAGGGUAUAAGUUCACACAGCACCGGUCGAAAAAUCGACCGGUUGAAAAUUUGCGCCAUUAUGCGUUCCGUUCACACUGAUGGAAACACCUUAAAUAACCGUUGGAAAAUUUAGAUGCCUAGCAGUUCAAAAAUUAGAACACCAAAAUCGAGGUCAAAUUUUUAGCCGAUACGGUCGAAAAUUUGACCGGCGUGAGGUGAAGACCAUUAUCGUUAGUUUGUACAGCAAACUUGACCGGCGCGGUAUGAACACCGUACCGUCUAAAUUUUUGUACGGCAAGGCGUGGCUGCAUGGAUGCGUGGCAACGCAGCUGGAAGACGUCACUUUCGAUUCAUUCUCGUCCCCAGAGCCACUCGGCUUAAUUUGUAGGCUAUGGACGCAACGGAAAAUACGAUCUUUUUCAUUGGCUGAAAGCAAUUGAAUGCGCACACUAAAUUAAAAAUACAAUGUUCUGCGCACAAUAUGAUACUUCCUGCCCUCCCGAACUGUAAACGUGAAGUUCGUGUCUGAUUUACUUUGAUCUGCUCGGUCUAUUUGCAAAAGCAGUGAAGGUAAAAGUUUGAGAAGUUCCCACAAGGACACCGACCCUUGACAAAGAAAAUUUUCCUUUGUUGCGCACAAACUUUGCCUCCAUAUCGACCUAAACAAGAUAAACAAGCAAAUUUGGGUUUGUUUAUAAUGAACACUUAUUAAAACAAAGAAGCAGCUGUUGUGCAAUUUUGGUUGAUUAAUAAUAAAUUGUUCCUUAUCUGAUCCCUACAAACAAGGUAUUACGAUACGUUCUCACCAUUUUGCUUUGAGUGUUCUAAAACACAAGAAAAUUGAACUGUUAAGAUAUGAAUACAAUAUUAAAACUGGUCUAGAUUUAUUGACAAUGUUAUGGACAACAAAAGUGCUAAUAAAUAAAAUAAUAAAUGAACAGCAGCCUAGAAUACUGGCCCAAGUGGUAAAAGAUGAUAACUACUGGAUUUUGCAGCAUGUUACCUUUGAUAGAGUGGAUACAUGACAAAAUAGCUUGAGCAACAGUAAUAUUUUAGUUUACUAAAUGUAGCUAAUCCUAACCACCCCUGCUCUCCGCCCCAUCUUUGUGCUUGCACACAGCCCUAGCUUACUGAGGCAUAGGGCAUCUUAGUUUACUUGGUUAUUGACCAUAUGUGCUAAGUUAAACUGGACAUUGAUUCAGUUCUGGCAAAGCUCUUUCCUACAAUUGGAAACCCUGAUAUUAUAACAUAAAAUGGGAACAAAUUAAAUCUUAUUCAGGCCUGAUUCUAAAUUCUCUUUCCAGUCUCAAACCAGGCCUUGCACUCCACUCCUAAAACAUGAUUAGAGCAGCUAACCAAAAAAGAUUUUUUGCUUAUGUGUUACUUAAAGUGUUCUUCUCAAGGGGCUCUUAUAAAGCAAUCAUAACUCAACAUUUCACUGUCUGGGAGAAGACUUCAAGAGGGUACAGCAAUAUUGCUUAUAACCUGUUGUGGGUUCAGAUACUGGAAAAGUAGAGCAUAAAAUGCAGGUUUUGUCUUGCUCUGUUCUCUUUGUACCUUCUGCUGGAAUAGGCUACCAUAAAUGGCUGCAACACUAGAAAGCCCACCUUCCCCCCUUCACAUAGAAGCCGGCCCCAGUCAUGAGAGCAUCUAACUUUAAACAAAAAAAAAACACAUCCGACUAAAAGCCCUCCCCCCCCCUAGUUAUAAGCCCUCCCCUACCUCCAAUAAAAAUUAUAAGCCCCUCUUCUUAGUUGGAUUAUUAUUAAAUUUUGAAGCUUAAUUAAAAACUAGGAAAUGAAAAAAGUAUUUUGAUAAGCAUUGCAGCUAUAGCUUGCUUUGAAGCAGGUUUUCUAUUCCAGUCAUAGGCCCUCUUGGAUAAGCCACUCCAUAUACAAGCCCUCUUAAAACCCCUUACGAAGACAUAUAACUCCAAGGCUUAUUAGCAAUAGCCAGCAUCGCAGAUUUUAACCUCGGUUAGUAAUGUCUCCGAAGCAAGAUCCUUGUUCUGGGCCCCAAUGAAAUUAUCAGUGAAUUCAAGUUGAGCAAACUAAACUCAGUCUCCGUGUUGUCUCCAUAAUUUUCAAAACGUAUCUGGAAGAAGCCACUCUUUGAGGAGAGCUCAGCAAGGAAAAUUUUCCUCCCAGUAGAACCCAAAAAUCAGUUAAGAGCAUGCGCAAUGACAUUAAUUUUAUAACUUCUGCACAUCCUCAACCAGAUGUUAGAAAUUUCUGACAUCUGGUAAUGGCUACUUCCAGAGCCCGCCUCAUUUCAAGACCACGAGACCAAAAGAAACGACGGGCUUUGGGGAGGAAAAUGUGUUGGAUUUUGCUCAAGUAGUGCUCUGUGCAGGCACAAAUGAUACUACCUCUGACAAAAGAUUCAACUUUAUGGUUUGUCAGUUCCAUGUGAACAGAGCAAAAAUAAUAAUUGAAAGGCUACAUGAAUAUAAACCUAGUGUCCAGUCAAAUUUUUCAGCCGGUCAAAAAUUUGUCUGGUACCAUGUGUAAGUAGCCUAACAUUUCAAUUCCUGGUAAAUAACAGCGCCUACAUUCAACAAAAUAAGCUAAGCUAAACAAACAUGGUAAGAUUUGAAAGGAUGUAUACUAUUCAUUUGUUUUUCUUUGGUGAUGUUUUCACAGCCGUCAUUGUGGUUGAUUUAUCAGAUACAAUUCUCCAAGAGAAGGCAGACUUAAAGUUGCAUUAA